AUGGACAUCGCGGAGGCAUUCAUGACCGCGCCAACCAACUCGCUGGCGGUGCUGGCGGCAUUGGGUUGCGCCAACGAGUGCGAUGCUGAAAUCUCCGACUUGGUCGACUUCCUGCCGGGCACCCGUGAGCGGGCCAACGCUGACCUUGCCGAGUCCCAACGGUUUGAGCUGCUCACCCGGAUACUCUCCCACCACGGCGAGUUGCGGGAGCGGUUGCGGCAAGCGGUCGAGGGAGAGUGGAACGUCUUCGAAGAUCCAGAAGAUUUCGCGGAAUGGCAACAGGCCGUCGAGUGGUAUCAGCACUGCUUCCGUUGUCAGGCUAACCUGCGGGGAGUAAGGCAUUGCCUCCGCCACAUGGAGGAAAGUGCCCCGGACGGGGUGGAGAGGGUCGCUUACCUGAAUGCCCUGAUCGAGGCAGCGGACGAUCUGGAUUUGGAGGCCGAUGAAUUCGUUGGUCAUCCCAGCCGUUCCUCGGACCUCACAUCCCAGGGGGACCGUGACGAAGUCUAUGGACUGGCCUGUCGGGCCUUCCUCCAAACGCGGGAGAUCACCGAACGCGAGAUCAGGGCGUACGACGCCCAAGUAUCCGUACGGUUCAGCCCGACGAUCGAACAAGCCUCCGACCACAAGCUGAGGCAUUUUCACCCGACCAUCGCGCUGGAUGAAGGGAGCAACCUGGUGGUUGUGUCCAGACGGAUGGGACACAGCAAGGUCAGCACCACUCUGGAACUCUAUGGCCAUGUGCUGCCAGGAUGGCAGAAGGAUUUGGCCGAAAACGUCGCAAAUGCCAUUGAUGGAGAUGGUUGUUGA